AUGAAAAUAGCAUUAAGUUAUGUUAGAACCAAUACUUAAACAGAUUGCUAAUAACUUUUAGCCUAAUAGUCAUUUGUUUCCAGCAGAAGUGAAUGCUUAAUAAAUUAAGGUAGUCCCAACAAUCUAAAUAACAAUGAUUAAGAAUUCGCCAAUAAUUUGAAAGGUCUUUAAAAUAACAAUUGUAUAGGCGCAAAAUAAAUUAUAUGUAAAUCUAAAACGGAAUAUGUACUUUCAACAGACAAUUGCAAAUCAGAUACUAUUUUUGUGAUACAAAAGAGUUCGAGCAAAUUAAUACAAAAGAUCUAUCUAUAAAUUAAUUUUUUGAUAGAAUCUAAAGAAAUUGUAGCAGCCACAAGUACUUAUACAGUUAAUUCUUAAUCAUUCCCUCCUAGUGGCUAAUUUUUAUAAUGGUGUGAUAAUGCUUCUUAAUUUUACUAUCAUCUUACAGAAAUAAAAGCAGAUAUAAACUCAAAUAAUCUGAACAUUUAGUUUAAAGCGUAUGAAGGCUCGAAAAGCUAUAAUACUAUUGUUUAUGGUUUUGUUCUUGCAAUAGCAUAUUGCCCUGACUUUUGUGAUUAAUGUGAUAAUAGUGGAUGUACAAAAUGCUCAUCUGGCUAUAAUUUAUCUAAUGGUAUUUGUAAUGGUUGCGAUGAUACUUGUUUAACUUGCUCAGGACCUGGAAAAAAUUAAUGUAUUACAUGCAAAAAUAAUUAUUAUAUAUCUGAUAAAAAUAAUUAUUGUGUUUCAUCCUGUGAUUCGAAUUAAUAUAUUGAUUCAACUUCUCCACAAAAAUAUUGCAGGUCUUGCAUGAGUAAUUGUUAGGCUUGCACCUACUCAAAUAACUGUUAAGCAUGCUAUAUAAGCUACUACUAUACUGGUAGUUAAUGUGCUCCUUGUGAUAAUACUUGCUAUAGCUGCUCAGGUCCUGGAAAAAAUUAAUGCACUAAGUGCUAAAAUAAUUAUUAUAUUUCUGAGAAAUUAAAUAAUUAUUGUGACCCAAAUUGCGACAUAAAUUAAGCAUAAUUUAUAGAUUCUUCAAACCCUAAUCAAAAAUACUGUAGAAAGUGUAUUACUAAUUGUAAGAAUUGUAUUAAUAAUACUAGCUGUACGACAUGCAUUGAUAGUUAUUAUCCUUCUGGUAGUUCAUGUGCUCCUUGUGAUAAUACUUGCUAUAGCUGCUCAGGUCCUGGAAAAAAUUAAUGCACUAAGUGCUAAAAUAAUUAUUAUAUUUCUGAGAAAUUAAAUAAUUAUUGUGACCCAAAUUGUGACUUAACUUAAGGUUAAUUUAUAGAUUCCUCAAACCCUAAUCAAAAAUACUGUAGGAAGUGUAUUAAUAAUUGUAACAAUUGUACUAAUAAUACUAGCUGUACUAAAUGCAUAGAUAGUUAUUAUAUUUCUGGUAAUACUUGUGCUCCUUGUGAUAAUACUUGCUAUAGCUGUACAGGUCCUGGAAAAAAUUAAUGCACUAAAUGCUAAAAUAAUUAUUAUAUUUCUGAGAAAUUAAAUAAUUAUUGUGACCCAAAUUGUGACUUAAAUUAAGGUUAAUUUGUAGAUUAGUCAAACCCUGAUCAGAAAUACUGUAAAAAGUGUAUUAGUAAUUGUAAGAAUUGUAAUAAUAAUACUAGCUGUACUAAAUGCAUUGAUAAUUAUUAUCUUUCUGGUAAUACUUGUGCUCCUUGUGAUAAUACUUGCUAUAGCUGUACAGGUCCUGGAAAAAAUUAAUGCACUAAAUGCUAAAAUAAUUAUUAUAUUUCUGAGAAAUUAAAUAAUUAUUGUGAACCAAAUUGCGACUUAGAUUAAGGCUAAUUUGUAGAUUAGUCAAACCCUGAUUAGAAAUACUGUAAAAAGUGUAUUACUAAUUGUAAGAAUUGCAUUAAUAAUACUAGCUGCACGACAUGCAUAGAUAAUUAUUAUGUUUCUGGUAAUACGUGCUCUCCUUGUGACAAUUCUUGUAAGUAAUGUUCAGGGCCUGGGGUUAAUUAAUGCAUUAUCUGUAGAUAAUCUGCAUAUCUUAUUUAACCUGAUAAUAACAAUACAUGUGUUCAAUCUUGUGAUCAAGACAAUGGUUAUUAUAUUGAUAAAUUAACUAAUCCUUUACAGUGGUACUGUAGAAAGUGCCUCUCAUCAUGCAAAACUUGCUUAAAUGGAAAUAGUUGCAGCACAUGUUUUGAUUAAAACUUUUUAAAUUCUUCGAACUAAUGUCAGCCAUGUGACUCAACAUGCCAAACUUGUAACGGUCCAUAAAAUACAAAUUGUAUGAUUUGUAAAUCUGGUUUACAUAUGUAACUCAGCACAAGUUUAUGCGUCCAAUCAUGUGAUUCGAAUGAGUUUUUGAAUGCAUUAUCGCAAUGCUAAAAAUGUGAUAACUCUUGUAAAACUUGUGAUGGCUCCUCAUCCAGUAAUUGCAAAAGCUGCUAUUCAAAUUAUUACCUUUAUAAUAAAAGCUGUGUUCCUGUAUGUCCAAAUGGUUACUCGCUAAAUACUAACACUCUUGCUUGUGAACCUUGCUAAGAUAAAUUAAGUUGUAAUAAUUGCUAUAACACUUGUUAAUUAUGUACGUUAGGAUAAAUUUAGUCUCAAAAAUGUAAUACAUGUUAUAGUGAAACAAGAAGAUUAGAUUCAAAUAAUAAUUGCGUUUGCUUAAAUCCUAAAGACUAAAGAAAUUUAUUUUACUAAUGCAGUUAUUAAAACAUAGCUGUCUUAUAUGCCAGUUUAAGUGAAAGCACUCCUAAAUUAAUAAUUGAUUUUGGCUCGCCAUUAAAGUAAAUAGUAAGUUCACCAAAUUAAUUAUGCAAAUAGGUAUUUGAAGAUUAAACAUUUGCUUUGCUAGGAUCUGAUUGUACAUGUUAAAUUACUGAUAACUAAAUUAUUGUGUCUUUGACUAACUCUUCUAGUAUUAUGGAGAAUAAUCUUCUUAAUUUUAAAUCUGACAUUUUGCAGUUUUAAGAUUAUAAUGUUUUUAUAGACACGUUUUAUAGAAAUAUAGUUUUCUAAAAUAAGACUGAUAAUCCUAUAUUAUAAUUUCAAAAUAAUUUCAUAGAAAACACAUGCAAUCCCGUAAUUAUCUCUCUAAGUGAAUUAAAGAAUGAUGCGGGUAGAGGUUUUUUUAAUAUAACAUGGUCAAUUGAGGAAAUAACUGGUAUUACAAGAGAAGAUUAGAUCUAAAGCCUUAAUCAAAUAAUGAAAACAGCAAGCUCUAAUUUGAAUAGAACAUUAAUCAUAGAACCCUCAAACUUACCUCCUAAUUAAAAUAUAACUAUAAAAUUUAGCUUUUUACUAAAAGUGAACAAAACUGGUUAACAAACUUUUAAAAUAUUUUACAGAAAAGAAAAAAUCAUCAGGAUACAUUAUCAACAAUCGAUUUAUCCACCAAUCUAUAGGUAUUGUAUUUAUAUUUGA